CACUUAUAAUACAUAAGACACAUUGUUCAUAAGCCCCCAGGAUCAGUUCCCGUUACAGAGUAAGAUCUUCAAUGGCUCAACAUGGAAACGGCGUGCUUAACAGGACUUCCUUCCAUUUCCAACCUCAUAGAAACUGGAUCAACGAUCCAAACGCGCCAAUGUAUUACAAAGGAUUCUACCAUAUGUUCUACCAGCACAAUAACUUGUCUCCCCGAUUCAGUGAGAUAAUGAUAUGGGGACACUCUGUUUCACAAGACAUGGUCAACUGGAUCCAACUCGAACCAGCCUUUGUUCCUACUGCGUCCUUUGACAGACACAGCUGCUGGUCUGGAUCCGCCACUAUCCUCCCUGAUGGCAAACCAGUAAUUCUCUACACUGGACUCGAGGAACACGAGGAGCUUGACAGACGCCAGGUUACAGUUCUUGCCGAACCUAAGGAUGCUUCCGACCCUUUGCUUCGUGAGUGGGUAAAGCCAAAGAACAAUCCUGUGAUGCUUCCGCCACACGACGUCCCUCACGAUUGUUUCCGUGACCCUACAACCGGGUGGCAAGGACAAGAUGGGAUCUGGAGAGUUAUCGUGGGAGCUAAGGAGAUAAACACUGAGAGAGGAAUGGCGGUUUUGUACAGAAGUAAAGACUUUGUGGAAUGGACAAAGUAUCCAACUCCUUUACUUGCGACACAAGACACAGGAAUGUGGGAAUGUCCUGAUUUUUUCCCGGUUUCUAUUACCGGUAAAGAAGGUGUAGAGACAUCGGUGAACAAUGCUGGUGUGAAGCAUGUCUUGAAAUCGAGUUUUGGAGGCCAUGAUUGCUAUGUUAUUGGUACAUACUCUUCUGAGAAUGAAGACUUUGCAGCUGAUUCUGAGUUCACUAACACAACUGCUGAUUUGAGGUAUGAUCAUGGAACGUUCUAUGCUUCUAAGGCCUUCUUUGACAGUGUUAAGAAUCGGAGGAUCAACUGGGGAUGGGUUGUAGAGACUGAUAGCGUGGAAGAUGAUAUCGCGAAGGGAUGGUCUGGCCUUCUGUCUCUUCCUAGGGAGAUGUGGCUGGACACAAGUGGGACGAGGCUGAUACAAUGGCCAAUCGAAGAAAUCAACUAUCUUAGGACUAAUCAAGUUAGCUUGGAUAACACGCAUCUCGCAGGCUGCUCGAUUCUUGAAAUAUCAGGCAUCACUGCAGCACAAGCUGACGUAGAAGUGACUUUUGAUCUGCCUGUUCUGGAAGGCAACCCCCAAGUACUUGAUUCUGAUCAUGUUGAUGAUGCGGUUUUGUUCGACCGUGACAGCUCGGUUGGAUGUGUUUAUGGACCUUUUGGGUUGCUAGCAUUGGCUACCAGUGAUUUAUCUGAACAAACUGCAAUUUUCUUCAAAAUAAUUCGUCGUGGAAAUGGAUAUUCGGUUGUAAUGGGCAGCGAUGAGAAUAAGUCUUCGUUGAGAGACAACGCAAGGAAAUCUGCACAUGGAACAGUCCUAGAUAUUGAUCCAAGACAUGAGAAGAUCUCAUUGAGAUGUUUGAUUGAUCACUCGAUUAUAGAGAGCUAUGGAGCAGGAGGAAGAAAUGUAAUAACGUCUAGGGUUUAUCCCAAAUUGGCAAUUGGUGAAGCAGCUAAGCUUUACGUGUUCAAUGAUGGAACAAGGGGUGUGACCAUUUCGUCUCUGGAAGCUUGGAGCAUGAGAACUGCUGAAGUCAAUUUAAACGCACUUUAAUUUAUCAGUGAUAAUGCUGCUAAUAAUAAUCUUUGGACUGCCUAAAGAUGAUUCCUGUACUUUUAUGAACUUGUUUUAAGAUUUAUCCGUGUCUUGUGUUCAAGAUAUUGGUGUGUGUUCUUUUGUUUCUUCUUCUUUUAAAUCUGAUGAGUUAUUGGUGUGUUUAUCAUAA